UCUUCUCUGAUCACUUGAAUCUUAAACCUGUUUUAAAAGGUUGCAGUAGUUAAACAGACAGAAACCUCCCAGCCUCAGAGGAAGAGGACGGGUUUUAUUUGGUGCUUCUCACAGGAAGUAUGACCCAAUCAGUCAGAUCUCUGAGAGGCACCAUGAAGGAAACAUCUGUCCGAUUUCUGCUCAUUCUGGCUGCAGUUCUGAGCUCCAGUAUGAACCAAGUCCUCCCAGCUGGUCUGACUGUGAGUCCCAGCAGAUCUCAGUUCUUUAAAGAAGACUCUGUGUCUCUGAGCUGUGAGGAGGACAACAUCUCUGCUGGAUGGACUGUGAGGAGAAACACAACCAGAAGAACCAGAACUCAGUGUGGAGAUGGAUGGGGAGAACCAGCUGGUUCUACCUGUACCAUCAGCAGCUUGUACCCAUUAGACACUGGAGUGUACUGGUGUGAGUCCAGAGAGGGAGCAGCCAGCAGCAGCAUCCAGUUCACUGUCUCUGGUGGAUCAGUGAUCCUGCAGAGUCCUGUCCUCCCUGUGAUGGAGGGAGAUGACGUCACUCUGAGCUGUCAAACAAAGACUUCCUCCAACCUCCCAGCUGCUUUCAUUAAAGAUGGCGUCUUCAUCAGGACUGAGCCUGCAGGUCACAUGACCCUCCACCAUGUGACCAGCUCUGAUGAAGGUCUCUACAAGUGUUUCAUCAGUGGUGAUGGAGAGUCUCCAUCCAGCUGGAUCUCUGUCUCAGAGAAAAACACCACCCCUCCUACACCUACACCUCCUCCAGUCUCAUCUUCCUUCCCGUCUUGUUGCCUCUUGCAUCUUUAUGUGUUGUGUUUCUACUGGUGUUACUGGUUCUCCUGGUAAAGAGACAUCAACGAAAGUCAAUGGGUGAGACCAGUGCCGUCACUAGGCCUAUGUUAGGAGGGCUGAAGCCCCCCAUAAAUAAUUAGGUGUUUUUUUAUUUACCUGUCAUCAUUAAAGGACAUUGUGCAACCAGGAGGACCUUCAUAAAUACACUGAAGGUCCUCCUGGUUUGUAGCAUUAACUGUGCAUUUUUUACCAUCUACUGUCUUUGGGUGGACUCCCUUCUGGACCAUCAGCUGUGAUGAUUACACACCGUGAAACAGGAGCUGAGCUCAUUCACGUCUGAUUAUCAUCAGUGGUUUCAAUAAUAAUACACCAAUAAUAAUCACUUCACCAUUGCUAUUGACCUGUAGGAGUCAGGACAGAGGAGCACAGAGAGGGAAAAGGGAGAGACCUCUUCUGGAAAGGUCAGUCUACAGCAAGGGUCACCCUGCAAGCGUCUAAUGAGUUGCUGCACGCUCUAAAAAUAACGACGAUAUUCAUUGAAGAGCCAUUUAAAACUGUUUUAUAGUUGGGUUAUGGGAGAUUUUUUAAUUGAUGUAAAAUUAUUAUUUGUCCUUGAUUGGAUUUAAAAACAACAGUAUUAAAAUAAAUUUAAAAAAAUCCCUCAUCUGAAAGUGUGGAGAAUUGUUCCCUGAAUAAAUGUUACUGAAAUAAUACCUUGUAUGUGUGUACAUGUGAUGGUUUAUUUGAAUGUUUUUUCUUGUACUUUCUUUUUGAAAUACAACCUGUGUGGUGAUUUGUAAUAACCUUGAAGAGUCACAAGUCGAAACGCGUUGGUCUGCUAAUAAAGUUUGUUCCAAGAA